UCUCUCUUAUUCUUCUUUCCUUUUAGAUUCUUGAGAACAGUGCAUUGAUUUGGACAUUUGUGAAUAUCCAGAUCAACUAUUAAGCUUGCUCUCCUCCAUUAUUUUUUUUUUCUCAUUUUCAAGUGGGUAAAAUGGAAUAUGGGAACUUGGCCACUCGGGCUCUCAACACUGAUCUUCCAAUCAUGGUUAAGAUACUUGAGUUGACCAAUAGUGUUGAAGAUCCAAUGCCUCUAGCUAAGGGAACAGUGCACUGGCAACCACCAGAAGAGGCUUUGGAAAAGGUUAAACACAUAGCAUUGGAGCCAUCAACCAGUAGGUAUGGAGCUCAUGAAGGCCUUCCACAGCUCAAGGAAGCAUUAACCAGAAAGGUGCAAGAGAAGAAUAAAUUGUUGAAAUCUUCAGUUAUGGUUACAUCAGGUUCAAAUCAGGGAUUUCUAAACCUUGUGCUAACACUAUGUGAUGUAACAGACUCUGUAGUACUGUUUGCACCAUACUUCUUCAAUGCACACAUGUCUUUCAAUAUGACAGGCAUCACUAACAUAUUGAUAGGUCCAAGUGAUCCCAAAACACUUGAUCCAGAUGCAGAUUGGUUAGAGAGAACACUUUGUGAAACAAAACCUACACCAAAGCUUGUUUCUUUAGUAAAUCCAGGAAACCCAUCAGGGAAAUGCAUUUCAGAGCCUCUUCUAAAGCGAAUUUCAGAUAUUUGCCAAAGGGCUGGAUCUUGGCUUGUAAUUGAUAAUGCAUACGAGCACUUCGUGUAUGAUGGUCUAAAGCACUGUUGUCUAGAGGGGAAUCAUAUUAUCAAUCUAUUUUCUUUCUCAAAAGCAUAUGGAAUGAUGGGAUGGCGAGUUGGAUAUAUAGCUUACCCGUCUGAGGCAAAGGCUCUAAGAACUCAGCUUCUCAAGGUUCAGGACAAUGUAGCCAUCUGUGCUCCGAUAAUAUCGCAGUAUCUAGCACUCUACUGCUUAGAAGCUGGGGAUGAAUGGAUCAAAAACAAUGUUAAAAGCCUUGGCAAAAACAAAGAACUACUUAUUGAGGCUCUUACACCACUAGGAAAAGAUGCAGUGACAGGAGGUGAAGGAGCUAUAUACCUAUGGGCCAGGCUCCCUGAAAAGUACUUGAACGACGAUUUUGAAGUUGUUUGCUGGCUCGCUCAUAGACAUAGUGUGGUGGUUCUCCCUGGAAGCGCUUGUGGCGUGUCUGGAUGCAUCCGGAUCACGUUUGGAGCGGUAACUCUAGAGAGUUGUCAUGUUGCUGCAAAGAGGCUCAGGAAAGGCUUGGAAGAACUUGUUACAUAUGGUAUGGUGGAGGAAGCGAGAAAGUAAGGAUAUUGUUGAACAAGGUGUUGGGUGUUAUAAUGCAACUUUCAAUGAGAGCAUAACAGCAAGCAAAUGUAUUAUUCUUUCUGAUCCUCACAGCUAAGUAACUUCCAAGUUACAGUUACUUGAAAUUCUUACAAUUGUACUUAAAUGACAUUAUAAAUCUAGUUCUAUGUUCUAGAAUGUAGAAAGACGAAGAAGUGGCCAGUGGCAUAUGUGAGCAAGCAUCAGAGCUCUGUGUCAUGGUUUUUUUUCUAUUUUUUCAAUAAAAUGAAUUGAUUAAAAACAUGGUAA